AUUGUGAGUCACGUGUGUGUGUGUGUUCUACACAAUAUCAGAGUUUACUGUGGUACGAAAGGCCGGGGUCCAAAGUACACACGCGGUCAUGUGAUCAGAAAUGGACAGUUUGGAUAAAGAGUUUCAGGUGAAUAAGAGACGAGAGAUUGAGAUGGAGGAAGUGAAAACUGGUGGCGUUUAAGGACGAAGCCUUGCGUUCGUGUGUGUUCGGAUUUCUCAACAGAGCUGCAAGCAUGGCGAGUGAAUGUAUACCGAUGGAUCUGUUCCUCCACGCGUCUCUUGUUCCCUCUGUGUGUAUUGUAGCACUGCUGUCCUUCGUGCAGCGCAGAGAGAAGAGUUUCCCAUUUGAGGAGAGAUUCCCGUAUCUAAAGGGUCGAUUCGGCAUCGUGGUGCCGCUGGAUUUUCUGGGCAGUAUGAGUAAUCGCUGGUCGUACGGUUUUGCGUUCGGUGCUGUAACUCCCAGUGUCCUGCUGCUCUUCUCCGAGUCCUACACACCGUAUCCUGUUCCAUCCUGGGCCAGAGCAUUUGUGUAUUUGCUUGGAGCACUGGAGGUCGGCGUGGCCUAUCUGCCGUUCUUUCUCUGUCUGUCAACACCACAUCAAGCGCUCGGAGGAGUGCUAGGCCUUUUGUACACUGUGGCCUGGUUGACCGUGAGAUUAUUUGAAGUUAUCACCUGUCCUGAAGAUGGAGUUCUGAGUGAUUAUGGGAAGGUAAUAACACAGUGGCCGUGUUUCCUGUGUCUGAGCUUCCUGAUUGGACGCUUCAUCGCUAUGUUGGUGAAGGACGUGCGAAUUCGUUUACAGUUUCAGAACGAGCAGCAGGUUGAAGAGGAGAAGCUUUUUCAGUCUAAUCAGUAUAAAUACGUCCAAACACUACUGAGACGACCUGCAGAACAAUCUGUGAAGAAGACUUGGUUUAGGAGGAACGUGUACGACUGGGAUCCGUAUUUUAAAUUCCCGAACAGAAUGAUCGGGACAUCCGUCAUCUGCCUCAUCGGACUGUACACGAUAACCCUGGUAGAUUACAGUCUGAGUGAUUAUAUUCUUCGGCACCUGUUAGCGGUGAUCGACUCUCUGGAGGAUUUGGCCAAAACCAGUAACAACACCGAGAAUCUCUUAAUUACAUUAUUACCUUACAUCAGCGAGUUCAGCCACAUGGCCUGGAAGGCCUGGUUUGCCACCACACUGUUUGCCACUCUGACGUCUGUUACGUACACGUUUCACGUGUUAGUAUGUUACAGGAAGCACAUGAAGAGAUUGUGGGCGGGAAAGAAGAAUUUCUUACCAGAGAAGUUCCACAAACCGAGCUCUGCUAUUAGUGUGGGUGCAGUUACACGAUAUUCAGGCUGGCAAAUUGCGUUCACGCUUUGGGGUUAUCUUAUUGUGCACUACGUACAGUUUAUAUUUGCAUUGCUGUUUGUGUAUCUGAUUGUGUCACCGAUCCAGAAAGAUGGGUUCCUACCCUGGUUCUCCAGCCUGGCCACCGUACUAUCCAUAAGGUUGGACCCGUGUGUCGGUUUCAGGCUGACGAUCUUCAUCAUGAUCACUCUGAUGGUGGUGCAGGUUGUGUUGGUUCGGAUCUUCUUCCUGCAGGACAAAUUUUCACCGGACGAUAAAGAGAAACCGUUAGCACUGAACAACAGGAGAGCCUUUAACAAUUUUAACUACUUCUUCUUCUUUUAUAACGUCAUCAUGGGGCUUAGCAACUGCAUCCUCAGGCUGCUGAACAGUUGCAUUGUGGGUACUUGGCUUGUCCCACGCAUUGACCGGACCAUCAUGCAGCGGGGGUACGAGGCCAUGGAUCCAGGCUACCGUACGUGGGUUGGAAUGAUAAUGGCGGAUCAUUAUCACUGUAAUCCAGUUCUGGUGUGUUUCUGCCACCUGCUGCUCAAACACACAGUGGUGAGAUGGAGGGCUGAGAAUACGCACACACAGUUUGACAGUGCAGAAUUCCCAGGAGUCAGCAGGGUCCACACUCGCUGGCUUCUCCUCUAUACCCUGCUCAGAAACCCAGAACUCAUUCUGUUGAGGAAGAGACACCAUAGCAACAACCUCCAAGGCAACCAAGACCCCAUCACCAUCGCCAGGGUGAUAACAAUGUCCUCACAGCUCAAGAAAAACCAGUCUACCCAACAGCAUAGCGAUGAUGUAGUUACAAUCGGAUAAUGACAACCUUCCUCCUGUAAAACAGAGAAAGCGCCAGAUCCCUAAACGAAUUGUAGCCUGUUUGAUAGCUAGCUAAUAUCCUACAUGCUAAUAAUUAGCAAGCUAGCCCUCAAACUCUAUUGACACAGAAAUGCUAAACACAUGACAGCCAGCUACUGUGUACAGAUUGUACAAAUAACAUGGUUUAUUGUUAUACUUUAUACUUUUACUACAUGCUCAUUUGAAUGUUACAUUUGACUGACUCACAACUUGCAGUGCAUUAUGGGUAUCCUUGGGUAUGAGUACUUGAAGAAAAAAAACAGUAGCGUAUAAAGAAUUAUUAUUAGAAAGUUUUAGCGUUUAAUUAAAAUCAAAUAAGAGAAUUACAGGAUUGAUUUCAUGAAAUCUUUAACUCAUGAAGGUGAAGACAUGACACAUUGAGGAAUUGGUUAAAGCUGUGAAAACACUGUUGCUAGGCAACUGGAAAUAUGGGCUUAGCUAGCUAAUUCUUAGCUGUUUUGUUUUAUAUAGACAAUGUAAAGACACAGUGACAGUGGAAAUGAGACAGAACCAUCCGGAACAUCAACAUUUACCUCAGAUGUGUUGCUAAAAUACUAACAAAAGACGUAGAAAUUUGACACUUUUAAACUGCUAACCGACAAAUGUCAUGGGUUCCACUCACUUUUUACCGCUAAUCUGUCCUGCAGCUUGCUGUUUUAUUUUUAAUUUAUUUCAUGAAAUACCUUUGACAGUAAAAGAAAUGAAAGGUUUUUAUGUGUCUGAGUGAGACUUUGUAUGGCUGAAAAAUACUUUAAGGGGGGGUUGCACCGAUAAGGAUUAAGUUUAAAUCUAGAUUAGAUCAAGGAUUAUCUAGUAAUUCUGUUGCACCAAACUUUAAACCUUGUUUAAAAAUAAGCAGGCUUACAUUUAAACCAUCACUUUAAUCCUGGAUUUAAUUUCACAAUAAACCUGGAUUAACUAGAAUCUCCAUCACUUUAAACUCGGAUUUAAAUUUCAGUUCGGGAUUAAAUUUAAACUUUAAUCUCAAUGUGUGUGUGUGUGUGUGUGUGUAUGUGUGUGUAUGUGUGUGUGUGUGUGUGAGAUAAUGGAGAUGUGUUUCAUGGUUUUUCAUGGACCAGAAAAUGCUUAGGAUAUGUUUUGUUAAAGAGUUAGUUGUGAACCCUGCUUUUUACCGUUUUAAUCCACACACAGUGUACACAUUUUGUGUUAUAAGUGAAUCUUUGUUUCUGAAAUGACUUUUUGUAUUAAGUAUUGUUUUGUUUUGAAGCGUAAGCAUGCUUUAGCUGAAUAUGCAUGGUGUAAGAAAGUGUAUCAAGCGGUUAUCUACGAUACGUGUGUGUAUUAAUGCGGUCGAUCCUGUUUGUGUAACUAUGCUGUUAGAAAAUACAUGACUGAAUGUGAUUGUUGUAUUCGAAAUUGUGGACGUGAAUGAUCAGACUGAUGUUUCUGAGAUAAUCGGAACACUAGUUGAUUAGAUUGUUGAGCAGACACUGUGAUGUGUAUAAAAUUCCGACAGUCCGUCGAUGUUGUACGACACCGUUGUUCUCUUUUACUGAAAUAAAACCAAAAACACUUAAA